AUGGCGGUGACCACGGCCCAGCUGCCGCAGCCGCGCGCCCUGGCGGCCCUCCUCGUCCUGGUGCUGCUCAUCACGCUGGGCGGCGCGGCGGAGGCGCAGCCGCCGCUCGGCACCUGCGGCGCGCAGCUGAGCCAGCUGGCCCCGUGCGCGCGGUACAGCGUGCCGCCGCUGCCGGGGCAGGCGCUCCCGACGCCCGGGCCGGAGUGCUGCUCCGCGCUGGGCUCCGUGUCCCGCGACUGCGCCUGCGGCGCCAUCGACAUCAUCAACAGCCUCCCCGCCAAGUGCGGCCUCCCGCGCGUCUCCUGCCAGUGA